AUGUCUCUUGCACGGCAUCGCCGUGUCGAGUUCAGGAAACCAACAGAUGGUUCUGGCGAGUCAUCCUUGGGCUGCCGAUUCUGGCCGGAGGCGUCUGACGGUGCCAUCGCUCGAUCUGGACUUUUCCUAACCAACCGAGCGACUCAAUUCGCUUUGGUUUGUGGAAAUCGCAGGACAGUGCAGGUUACUUGGAUUGCUGAUGCCACUCGGGUCGCAGGGUUCCAGUACGUGCUUAUGAAGUUCGACCUCCCCAUCGACCCGGCAUUGUACUUGGUGCGGCAGGCCAGACGCCUGCAGCUGCCUUACACCCGCUUGAGUGACAGAAGCUACAUUCCCGCGCCAGGGUCUGCUGGGCUGGAACAGGUCCGAGUUACGAAGCUCGAGCUGAAGUUGAAGGACCUCGCGGUCGUUGCAGCAGAGGCCCAGGCCGCCAAGCGGAUCACGGUCGUUCAGGCACUGCAAGAUCGGUACUUGCGCUGCUCAAUUAUGGUGGGCUUUUUCCUUGCGUCCUACCAGCAGCUUACGGGAAUUAAUGCACUGAUGGCGUACUCUAAUGGCCUUUUCGCACAAGCUGGAAUUCCCGACAAUGACCUUACGCUGGCUUCUGUUGGGAUGUGCAUCGCCAACGUACUCGUCUCUGUUUGGAGCACCCAGCUUGUGGAUAACAUGGGCCGGCGUUCCUUGCUGCUCUACGGCUGCAUCACGCAGAGCCUAGCUAUGGCAUCUAUGGUGUACGUCGUGCAGUUCUUGCCUCUGGUGGUGCAGGGAAUUAGCGCCUUCGUCUUUUUCAGCUUCUUCGUGGUUUCCUGGAAUUUCGGCCUCGGAGCUAUCACGUGGCUCUGGCUCUCGGAGAUCUACCCCUCGGAAAUUCGAGGACCUGCGCUCUCCGCAUGCGGAGUCAUCAAAUGGUUGAGUUGCUUCUUCGUUGUGCUGAUCGCACGGUUGAACCAGUCGGGACAUGCGAUUCUGCUUCCAGCUUGCUUCUCCUUCAUGUCGUCUCGAGGAACGGAGACAGAAGAGGAACGACAGCGACUGGACCAGGAAGCACGCGAGGGCAUGCAAGAGUACAUGAAGCUCAUACAGGAGCUAGCGGAGGGUGGGAACAUCCGUGCCCAGAAAACCGCAUGGAAAUGGGACAUACGGCAACGUGUGUGGAAUUUCUUGGAAGAUAACGACCUGGCGGAUUUUCCAAGACCCGUGCACCAUCGCAUCCCUAACUUUCAGGGCUCUGCACGAGCCGGGGAGCGCCUGGCUGAGCUGCCUGAGUUCAUUGACGCGAAGAUCGUGAAAGUGAACCCAGACACGCCACAGAAGUCUGUUCGGGUCGCAGCGCUGCGCUCCCGGAAGAUCCUCUAUGUACCUCAGCCACGUCUCAGGACAGGCUUCUUCUCACGGAUUGAGCCUGGAACUGUCCCACCUGACAAGUACAACUUCGCAGCAACGGCACGCGGAAUGAAGCAGCUUGCAGACCCCAUGGACUUGGAUGAUAAGACAAAGAUCGACGUUGUAGUCGUGGGGUCGUCAGCUGUGCAUCCUGAAUCAGGAAUCCGUGUUGGCAAGGGUGAAGGCUUCGCAGAGUUGGAGUAUGGCAUCAUGCGCCAGCUGGGCAUGAUCGAUGAAUCAACGCCGAUCAUCACCACUGUGCAUGAUAGCCAAGUUAUUGCUGAUGAUUUCCCGCCGAAAGGUAAGGGCAUGAUGAAGCACGAUGUGCCGGUGGACAUUAUCGUCACACCCACUCAAACCAUUUAUGUGGACAAGGCGAAGCAGCCAACCAAGCCAAAGGGCAUCUACUGGGAUUUGUUGUCUCGUGAAAAGUUGGCGACCAUCCGGGUCCUACAGGACUUGAAAGCGCGAAUCGAGAGCCAGACCGGUAUACAGCUGGAACUGGCGGAGCAGGAGGAGGCUUUGCCUCCGCUGGCGAAGCGCGGAUCUCCCCGAAAAGACAAAGCCAAGCAUCGAAAAAAGGAGCCCCAAACGAAAGAGAAGGAGAAGGCCGCGGUAGCCCAGAGCACUGGGCUCAAGGGUUCCGUGAGCGCCCUGGGCGUGGUCGGAAUUUAUUUCUGGGUCCUGGAGACAAAAGGCUGCGACAUGGAGGACAGCCCAAUGACGCCGCGGAGUGAGAGAUCCAGCUCAAGUUUACUGGGGGGAGGCACUUCUCCUGCAAGUCCGGUGCAGGAGCAUUUGAUGGGCGUGGCCGAACGCGAAGAGGAAGAAGAGGACGAGGAGGAAACAGCAGUUCCGAGGGUCUACCAGCAGGCAAACGCUUCCUACGGCCCUGUGAAGACCGCCGGGCUGGAGGCGAUGAGGAUCACUCGAGAUGGCGUGGAAGACACGCUCCUUUAUGAAAUCAUGUACUUCUCGCCAGUUGAGCUGGGAGAUGAGCGGUACACAAACAAGUUGUACUUCCAGACGGAGAUCUACCACCGGAAGUGGCCGACUUUAAUGGCCGACCGUAUGGCUCACCAAAUAGAGAAGUUGAAGCAUUGUGAGAUGGGCAUCGUUGCUUUCGACGACGAGUUCAAGCAGAACCACAGAGAGGCGGUCCUAACGCACUGCAAGAUGGCCUUGGCUUACCUCGACGCACGCGAGGCCCGCAUCGCGAUGAAGCUCUGCGAGCAGUGCAUCCCAGCCACAAAGUCGAGCGAGCCGCGGCUUCAGACCGACCCUGAUGCGGACUUCGACUUCAUGAGGAUCAUUGCCCUCUCGGUGCUGGCGUGCGCCGCGCGAAGGAUCAAGUUCUUCCAGAAGGCCAUCGAUGCUCUUGGAGAAGCGAAGAGCCUCUGCCUUGCCGGGGGAGAUACCGUGCAGCAGCAUCCUUUGCUCAUUGCUCUGACGCUUCUGAACCUUUCUGCAGUUCUGGGUGAUAUUGACCACGACGAGCAUGGCCUGCGCUGGGGCUUGGAGGCCUUGGGUCUGAUGUACAACGUCUUCUCAAACGUGGAACUGCCUGAGAUGGUCCAGGCCUACUAUCUGGCCCUGGCCUGCCACAAUGCUGCGCUGCUGGAUGUGAAGCUGGGGCGCUGGGCAGAAGCGCAGGAGCUGGCGGACGAAGGCGUCGAGUUCACCAAGGUGCUUGGUGAGAACGAUGACCACUUGAGAAGUAAGCUCAUCAGCAUAGGUGCUCAAGCCAAGCACGUGCCAGAGGGUUUCCUGUCAGAGGCGGUGAAUGCCCUAAACGGCUGGGGAGAGGAGCGGGGCGUCUGGAACCUGAGCUUCUGGGACUUUAGCAUGCCAGAGAUCCAGGAAGUCAUCAGGGUUCUGGAGAGCGCUGUCACCCUGAACAAGCUCGUCAUGGAUCAAAAAGAUGAUGACAGGCGCUACGAGCUUUCGAUAGAAAAUCGCAACCUGGUACAACUGAUGAUGGCGGUUGUGAGCUGCCACUGCUUGGAAACCGUCACCAUCUCAGGAACUGAUUAUCGUCCGCGAAAGGUGUGGAGGCGCGUGAAGAGGCGUGGCUUCUUGGAGACUUCCUGGUAUGCCUCUGCCCUUAACUUUUCCGAUGUGUGGGGCGGCGGCUCUCAAAUGCCGGAGACUGGCCCCUAUCAAGGGCUCAUCGCAGACAUCAACCACUUCUCCAAGAGGUUAGUCAUGGCUCUGCUCAUCGUUGCGAACGAGACAGAUGGAAUAGACCUUUCAGACAAUGGCAUCAACGCUGUGAGCGUCAGCAUGCUGGCUGAUGCAUUGAAUCAUCCGGAGAGGCUGUCACGCACCCGCGCAUGCCGGUCUCUCGUGUUGCGGAACAAUGAUCUGGACCCGGCAGCCGCUUCCGUUCUUGCGAGAAUUUGGGACUCGGUGCAGCAGCACGACGAGGGCAAGGAAACCCCGGACACCGAUGGCGAUGGCUUCGAGGAUGAGGACGAGGAAUAUGAUCCCGAUGCAGAGAGGGAGAACGAGACCCUGGGCGUCACCUCUCUGGAUGUGUCGCAGAACACGAAAAUCGGCGAUGAAGGCUUUAACGACCUGCUGCAGGGGAUGUCUCGCUAUCGCCGCUUCCAGGUCCUGAGGGCGGAGAACAUCAGCCUCAGCGCCGCAGGCUGCACCAGAAUCGAGAUCUUGGAGCAGACGAGGCUCGAUACGCUCUGUUUGUCCAAGAAUGCACUGGGCUGUCAGGGAGUGGCCGCUGUGUGCCAGGCGCUUGCCAGGUGCUCUCGGCUACGCCUCCUGGAGCUCGAUGGCUGCGGCAUCAAGCUGGAGGGCGCCAAGGCACUGCGAGAGCUGCUUAGGGAGCACAUCCGGAUCCAAGACAUCUCUGUGGCCAACAACCAGCUCGGAGACGAUGGUGGCGUGGAAGUCUGCAUGGGCGUAGCGGAAUCCAAUUCACUGAAGUCCGUCAACUUGGCACACAACGGUAUCUUCAGCGACUCCGCGGCUGAGACGAUUGCGGACAUGAUGAGGACAUGCCAGACACUCGUGAAGCUCGUGCUGUCCGGCAACCACUUGGACCACGUGGGACCGUCUCACAUAGGCAGCGCCAUCGAACACAGCCGCGUGCUGACACUGCAGCUCGAGGACAUGGGCUUUACUGCUGACUCCAUGGACGACUUCCUCGACCAGGGUGCUGCCGAGACUCAGGACCUGCAGGAGUUGGUAAUCAAUGGCAACCCGAUUGGAGAUGAGGGAUUGGCCAUCAUAGCCGAGAGCUUGAGUAUCGGCUUGAUCAACCUGCGCAUGUCCAAGUGUGGGCUCACCAAAGCCUCGCAGGCAAUGCUCUUGAGCCUCGUGUCCUUGUCCCCGAACCUACAGCGUCUGGACGUGUCGUACAACGACCUGGGGCCAGAGGGAUGCUCUGACAUGGUAAAGUGGAUGGAUCAGAACGACAAGGAGUCGUUCUCCCUGAACUACUUGGAGAUUUCGGGCUGCUCUUUGGGUGACGAAGGCUUCAAACAGCUUGUACCUGUGCUGGGCUCACUGCACUACCUAGGCCUUCGCGACAAUGGCAUCACGUCAGCAGGCCUGAAGGCGGUGAUGAGUUCAAACCAGAUGGUCAAACUACAGACACUGGAUCUCGAGGGCAACCGGAUCGGAGAGCCUGGCCUCCAUGCGCUGACUGAGCGUUUUCAGAAGGAGCACAAGCGUUCCCUCUGGAACCCCAAGCAGCUCACUUCCAUGAUCGACCUGGUGAUCCUGCGGAACAACGACAUCUCGCCUGCCUUGGCUGCCUCCACCGAGGCCUUCGUGAAGAUCUACAACCCGCUGAUGACCAUCAUUUGGUGA